GGAGAAAAAAAAAGUGCACGAUAAAAACGAUUCGCUCGGGUGGCUGAAGGAAAAAACGGACCGAAACACAAUAAAAUAUUAAAACCCAUUAAACCACCCGUGUGGACAAACAAUGUGCAGCUUUAUCGCCGUAGUGCAUUCAAGAAAAAGGUGGUGACACGGUGAGAUGCGAUAAAGAUUCCGCCGUUCCAACCGUGGGCAGGCAAAUUUGGCAAACCUGUGUGCAGAAGCAGUGCGCGUUUUGUUCAGAUCGGCCCGAUAGUGGUAGGGUAGCAGAGUGCAAAUGUGCUGCGAUUUGUUCGCCAGUGCAAUAACAUUCCGGACGGGUACGGGUCGGUGGGCUCCUCCGGUGGGAAAGUGAAAGUGAAACUUCCCCGCCAGGCUUGCCCGGUUGUUGGUUUGUGUGUAGCGAAAGUUGGGGAGGGUAGGGCAUAGGGCGAGCGCGACGUGGCUUGGUGGCAAAUAAAGCGACAAAAAAAAAAAAACAGAAGGAAUCAGCAUGGGGAACACACAUUUAGCUGGCCGCUGGAAACGAUGGAUAGGGCUGGUCACGGUUUGGAUGCUGGCGGUCGGUGAGCUGCCAGCAGUGAAAACCGCCCACCUGACCGGUACCUUCGAGGUGGAUGAGUUUUUCCGCUUCCUGCACAAAUUUGGCUUCCAAAAGACGGAAAAACACUCCCAGAAGGAUACGGAGUGGGACACGUUCGGGUACAUUUAUGGGAAUAUAACGUCGCGCAUCAAUUUCACUGUUCCGGUUACGCUGGCUGUGCUAGAUAAGCGCAGCUUCCUCGAGUACUACGCAAAUAGGAACGAUUACGACCGAGACGUGGCCUGCCAGCGGAUGUUCGAGAAGCUGGAUAAGAUUGUUUAUAGUCGGGCAUGCAAUCCGCACGCGGAGGCCGACUACCUGCGGCGGAUACCGUGCGAGAAGGGGAAGCUGUGCGUGGACGAGGACACGCGGGAAAACGUGGUGCCGGGCAGUCAGUUCACGUUCGUGAUUAGUGAUCCGAAUGUGCCAAGGUUCUGGUACGUGUCGAUGGUGGCCUGCUAUCAGAAUGUAUCGACCUGCCAGUGGCAUCAUUACGAUUAUCGCAAACUCCACCCGGAUCCGCCAUCGAUCGAUUACGAUAUAACGCUCGUGAACGGUAACCCGAACCGGCAGACGCUUUCCUUCUUCAAUCCGUUGCUGUUUCACUUUUCGUUCGAUCGGCAAAAUACGCUCGAGAUGUACUUGAUAUUUUUCGUCGUGUAUCUGCUGAUGGUGCCGUUGCAAAUUUAUGCCGUACGGUUACAGAAACAUCCCGUAACGAGACUGUUUACCGUGAGUUUGGUGCUGGAGUUUGUGAGCGUUUGUCUGCUGCUCACGCACACGAUCCGGUACGCGAUGAAUGGCGUGGGCAAUGAGAAGCUGGCCAUUAUGGGGGAUAUAUUUGAUAUUUUUAGCAGAACCACAUUCAUGCUCAUAUUGCUGCUGCUGGCGAAGGGAUGGGCCGUUACACGGUUACAGAUCAGCGUUAGCAGCUGGAUUCUACUCAUGGUCAUAUGGAUUCCGUACUGUGCCAUACACGUGCUGCUGUACAUAUGGAACAGAACCGAAGUGGAUAUUAUCUCCGAUAUUGAUGAGUAUCAGACGUGGCCCGGAUGGCUGGUGCUUGCCUGCCGCUCCACGAUGAUGCUCUGGUUCCUGUGGGAACUGCGCACCACGAUGAAGUACGAACAUUCGUCGCAGAAGCUGGACUUUCUGCUGCAUUUCGGUGCUUCGAGCCUGGUGUGGUUCAUCUACCUGCCGAUCGUGGCCAUCAUCGCUGUGAAUGUUAGUCCGCUGUGGCGGUAUAAGCUAUUACUAGGUAUAACAAAUUCUGCCGACUGUUUGGCGUACUGUGUGAUGAUGGGUUUGCUGUGGCCUAAUCGGGCCGGCCAGUAUUUGCUACUGACGGGAACCAACUUUGGCGGUAUGGACGAGCUGGAUGAGUUCAAUGAGGCACCGCACAUAGUUCACCGGGACUCGGACACGCUACACAGUAGCAACGGUGAUCUGGCGGUGGAUGAUUAUCUGGACAACGAGGACGACGAGAUCGAAACGCUCGUGCUCAGUACGGACGAUCUGCUCCACACGGGCAACUCGUACUCCGUGUCCGGUAGUAGUGGUUCCGGUGGUGGUGGUGGUGGCAGCAAACCCCUCACACUGCAUAACGGUAGCGCCAUGAACGGUAAAGGUGGACGAUCGUUCGACUAGGUCCAGUCCGGUGGUGGUGGUGGUGCCGGCGCUAAAUGGAAACACAAAAACUCUUAACCAGCAGUUCUUAAGCAGCCCUCAGCAACACAGAACACACCGAUUUAAAACGUACACGACGAAUCUUUAGAACGAAUUUAAUUCCCUCAACUUCGUACGUAAUAUCAGUGUAAAAGCGAAACCUUUUUGAAACGUUUUAAAACGGAAGGGCGCGGAAGUAUGGACGAAAAAGCACGCCACCAUGCUGCUAGACGACGAACGGCGGCCAGCCUGAUGAUUAAAUGGCAACACACUCAAUCUGGUCAAUGAUUUUGAUUUGUUAAGAUACAACGGUUGGGAACGGGGCAAAACUCCGGGGGGAGGGGGGGGGGGGAGAAAAUUAUAGCAACAUAAUGAGGAACCGGUAAUCCACUCGUGUACGAUACGAAUUACUCGUAGCAUUAAAAGCAUUUCAAGUUUGACGCUGGAGCCCCCUUUUCUCGUGUCUCCGUGCGUCUGUCUGAAAGUCAAAAUUCUUCCAUUUCUUAAAACCAUAUUCGGCAAUUUAUAUAUUCCAUCAAUCGGAUCGGCUGGAUAGUUCCAGUUCCGGGUUUAUUCGAACAUUCAGGCUAGUGUUUGUGUGUGUGUGUAUGUGAAUGAUUUUAAUUGGGGGUAGAAAGAUCGAACAAUUUCCCUACGCGUCCGUAUGUAUAGCAUAAAAAUUGUAGUUAAAUUUAUCCUAAGGACUGAUGAGUACGGUGGUACGAAACCUGUUCGAGUCCGAAGCAAAGCAAAACAAACAAACAAAAAAAACAAGUAUUGUGUGAUAUGAAAUUCAUAGCAAUUAUGCAAAACGAAUGAGAUAAAACUUUAAUCUUUUUAGUUUUAAGAGUAAAACAAAACACGAUAGCGAUUAAGAUGGUAGAAUGGUGAUUGUUGCACUGGUAGCAAGCGAGUAUGUUAUGCCUUUUUUCCGUUCCCCACUGUUCUGCGCUGUGCCUAAGCGCACUUUCAACUGUAGCUUUGCGUCAUUUUCUUCAGCUUACCGAGCUAAAACAAAAAAUCAUCUGAUAAAUAGUUAAAGGCUUUCGAGGUAUCGUCCAUUUACUACGUAACGCUAAAGUUGAGUGUUUUCCCUCUGAUUGCUAAUUGCUCGGCUAAGAUGCAAGCAAUUUUUGAAUAUUUUUUAAAAUCAUUUGUCUCUAUGUAAGGAUUCUUAAACGUUAGCAGCUCUUGCUCGGUGAUUUCCUUUCUUUUGUCUUUUUUUUUCACUCGGAUAGAGUAUGAAUAUCCUGAUAUCGAUAGUCCAUCGCCUCUAUCAGUAUGUAUCCGUGCUUUCGCCAACGAAAUUUUGAUUUGUUUUACUGCAUUUUAUUAUUAAAGUAACACGUAUGCAAUAGAAGAUGAAAAAGAACACCUGCCGUGUACUUUCUUUUCGGAGUCUCACAGAUGGCAAAGGCUAUACUUACGUUGCUUGAUAAUGUGAAUCCCAUCUGCACUCUCUUCUGCACAUCAUUUUAGUCUUCUGAACCAUUCAAUACGAGAUGUUUGCUCAUACGAUUUUGAGAGCCAAUUUCAAUAUACUUUGGCUUCGGCGCCGUUCUUCACACGGCAAGACCGGGGCUUAAAUCCCAUCCAGACCGCCUCCCCGAACACAGAACUGACAGUCUUGCUUCGGGUAAAAUCAAGUCAUAGGAAACGAAAAAUGGGAAGCCGAGACACCUCUAGAGGUUGUAGUGUCAAGGAAGAAGAAAAAGAGUCAUAUAAAUCCUUUGCUAAUUGCCAUAAUCCAUUCUUUGCAGGCCUUUGUGGCAAGAUCAUCUUUUUUCUUUUUAUUUUUUAUUUAUUUAAAGUAUGACGGCUUUAUAUGGCAAAACGCCAUACAUUCAACACCGCGUAUGUUGACGAAUUACAAUUUCACAACAACCAGGCAUUUCCUCCCUGUUGUUUGCCUUAUCCCGGGCAUACUCGGCCACCUUUUUUUUCUUUUUUAUUAAUAACAUUAUUAACCGAUUUUUCGAUUUCUUACUUGCAAGUCACUUAUUGAGUACAGAAAUUGUUAUCUACAGAUUUAUUAAAAGGAUUAAAUAUACUCCCUAACUUCGUGGCAGUCAACCGUGUCGCAUUCCAUGGGUUUACGGUUGUCUCAUAUGCUUAUGUUUGUUUCUCUAUACACACAUUUGUGUAGAAUUGAUCAGAUCAUUAUGAUUCUUAUCUGUGUUAAUCAUCAAUCAUUCUUAUCUGUGUUAAGCUACGUACCAUAAGGCAGGCACUCUCCUGCUCCUGUCUCAGUAUGUAUCAAAUUUUAACGAUUUCCUGUUAGCGUUUCGUAAUAAAUGGCCGGCACCUGAGCGUUAGCUGAUCUUGCUUUGCAGCAUCAUAAACAUUUAGUCAAACAGUUGUAUGUUUCUGUCGCUUUCUCUUAAUUUUUUUUAUUUCUUUUUAAAUGUGCUAGGCUACCCCGUUCCCGAUAUUUACUACACAUGAUUAUUUAAACAAAAAAGAGAAUAAAAAUCCUAUUCUGAGCUGGUGAGCCGUAGCUGUAGACAUUGCAAACCUCUCUCAAUUAAACUCACCCGUUCCCACCGCAAUCCACGUCAAUACGUCAAAACGCUUGUACGAAGAGGUACUAUUUUACACGAAUCUACUAGGCAAACUAGGCUAGCACACGACAGCACACUGCAUUUUAGCGCCAUACACUUUAUUUUCUAAACGCGCCAGUUUGCUCCAUUUAAAUUCACUUUCGAACGUCCUCUCGGAGGCGGCGCAAAGCAAGAACCAAAAACACACCAGUGGCCAAGAUACAGCCUAAUAGAGCACGAUUAACGGAUAGGAAGAAGAUAUUAAAAAAAUUAAUUGUUGUUAGAGCGGUUUCUUUCCAGCCGGUACUAUUAUUGCUACUCCAUAGCGCGGAAAAGUAACUUAAUGUUUGCAACAGAGCCGACACUAGCGAUGAACACGAAGUGCGCACAGGCAAACCAUAGAACAAAACCAAAAAGGUAAAACGCACUUUUAGCGUGUAAUUUAACUCACACAACAGCAACAACAAACAAAACAAACCCCACACCAACGUAAACGCAAUUAAUAUAACAAUGGCUGCAACGUAAUGUACCUUUUUUAAAACUCAUAAAGCUUUGCUGAGAUUCGGCGCAGAUGAGGCGUAGCGCAACUAGCUAUAAAGGGAGGGAGGGAAGCGGUAGGGAAAACAGAAUCGUUUUAAAGCUCGUCAAUCGAUGAUAUUGAAACUCGCAAAAGAAAAAGGAGAAAGCGAUCGCUGAAACUCAUUUUUAGAUUCCAAACCUUAAUGUCGCUGCUGCUUUUCGGUAGAUUAUGCUCAAAACAAACACGUUGUCGUUUGUAAGGGGAGUAGAGAAAGAGAGAGAGAGCGAGCGAACGAGAAGGAGUUAUUCAAUUAGAUGAAACAGAAAAAGGCUACAACUAUUAUUCGGACGGUUUAAAAUAAUUUCAACAAAAAAUAGAGUAAUUUUUAUGGUGGGGAAACUGCUAAAGCGCUAAACUCUCUCACCUCAAAUUGGAGGUAGUGUGAAGAAUUUUAUUUCAAAAUAAUUCAUUUAACAAAGAAAUUUUAAAAUAUUAAAUAGGGAUUCGAUUAACGUAAAGUGUGUGAAAGUUGCGCUUUUUUUUCUGUCCCUUCAAAAAUGUUGUGCAAACAGAACCUUUAUUCUAUUACGCACGCCUGUAUGUAGCAAACUUCCGACCGAGAAAACUAUACCCAGCGCUCACAAAUGUGUUAAAUACUGACAGGUAAAUGCCACAUGAAGCAACAGCAAAGGUGCGCAGUGAGUUGUGAUAGAGUAAGAAGCAUAUUUUUCUACUGCUAGUACACUUAACACGAUUCAAAGCAGGACGAGGACGCCUUGGAAAUUAUACGGUACUCGCAAAAUGGUGGUGCAACAACUCACGCCCCAAACUGCAGGGCAUGCAGGAGGUUUGGGCCAAAAUAACUUCCAAACUUGGUGUCUACCAGGACAGGCAAGCGGAAAAGCAUAACAAAAGAAUUAAACAGGCCAACGAAUGGUGAGGAAACCGCAGCAACGUUACUUGUACAAAACUCAAUGCAAACAGUUGUCGGACGGAAAACGGAUAUGGCAAAUUAAACCCUAAAAUUCUUAAAAAAA